AUGGACACAGACACAGGCAUGCACCAAAACCAACACAACAACCAACAGUUCAAAAUCCAGCACCACAACAACAACCAAAACCAACAGUUCAAAAUCCAGCACAGCAACCAACAGUUCAAAACCCUGCACAGCAACCAACAGUUCAAAAUCCAGCACCACAACAACAACCAACACAGCAACCACAACCAACACAGCAACCAACAGUUCAAAACCCUGCACAACAACCAACAGUUCAAAACCCUGCACCUGCACCACAACCAGAGCAAGGACAUAAAAGAAGUAGAGAAAAAGGAAACCAAGAAUUCUUAA